UUCUACUAUCCUCUCUCUCUCCAUUUAACACUUCAUGUAGAGAGGGGGAGAUAGAGAGGCAUAGCAAUAGAAUUCGGAGACUCACAUCGUAGAAUCAGAUAAUAGAUGGCACUUAUGAAGCACUCAAUGGCUUCAUCAUUGAAUGCGGUGAAGACAGAUAUCGAGCAACAUACAAAGGAAGUGAGAAACAUACAUGAAAACCAAAUGAGGAUGGAAAGGAGCACAGAGAGAGCAUCUCCUCGUGGUUCUCUUCAUGGAGAAUCUAAUGUAAGGAAAGAACGAAAAAGUAGUUGGAGUAGAUCACCUCCCCAGAAACCAGAGUGGGAUGAUCAAGAAGCUAAGAGAAAGCGCAGAGUGGCCAAAUACAAGCAUUAUGAAGUUGAAGGCAAGGUCAAGUCCUCACUCAAGGAGGGAUUUCACACCUUUAAGUUCACAUGCAAGAAGGUUGUUGCUACUUUGGUCUAAUAAUGCAUUCGUCUUUAUCUUGCGUCACCUAGGUAGGUUUAAUACUAAGGGACUACUCUUCGUCCUCCUUCCUUGUUGGGUAUUGAGCUCCCUUUCUAUGUGGAGAAAAGACCCAAAUCUUGAAAAGCCCAUGUCUCAUUUAACCUAGUGGAGAGGGGACUAUAAAAUAAAGAGAGAGGCAGAACAAUAGAGUCAGAACACACUGAAAGCCCUAACACAUAGAGGGAGAGGUAGAGGGAAAA